GGUACAAGUUCUCCGCCAUUUUCUAUUGACACAUCCGGAAGAGGUCCGGUGGGAGGAACAUAGUGGAAUAACUCCAGAUUUAGAUUUUGUUUCGCACUAGAUUGUCACCAUUUUUCUCGGGGCGCAUUCAAAGAUGCCGCUGUACCAACUAGCGGACCCAUGGAAGAAAAUGACUGUAAAGCAGCUGGCAGAGGCCGGGAGUACAGAAGAAAUGCAAGUAGACAACAGCAACAACCAAGAGGAUGAAGAAAUGAGAGAAGUGAACAUAACAAACGUUACCAAAGAUGGGGAGAAGGGAGACCCCGCACAGUUUGAGUUACUUAAGGUUCUUGGACAGGGAUCAUUUGGCAAGGUAUUUCUGGUGCGAAAAAAUGCUGGAGAUGAUGCGGGAACAUUAUAUGCUAUGAAAGUUCUUAAGAAAGCUACUCUCAAAGUGAGAGACAGAGUAAGAACAAAGAUGGAAAGAAAUAUACUAGUUGAAGUAAAUCAUCCCUUUAUUGUAAAACUACACUAUGCAUUCCAAACCGAGGGAAAGUUGUAUUUAAUUCUUGAUUUCCUUCGAGGUGGUGACCUCUUUACAAGGUUAUCAAAAGAGGUUAUGUUUACUGAAGAAGAUGUUAAAUUCUAUCUUGCUGAGUUGGCAUUAGCGUUGGAUCAUCUUCACAGUUUGGGGAUUAUUUACAGAGAUCUAAAGCCAGAAAAUAUUUUACUAGAUAAAGAGGGUCAUGUUAAACUGACAGAUUUUGGAUUGAGCAAGGAGUCUGUGGAUGACAGCAAAGCAUAUUCGUUCUGCGGGACUGUAGAGUAUAUGGCACCGGAGGUUGUAAACAGGAGGGGGCACACAACCGCUGCUGAUUGGUGGUCGUAUGGUGUACUUAUGUUUGAGAUGUUAACAGGAGCACUACCUUUUCAGGGACAACAUAGGAAAGAAACAAUGGCUAUGAUUCUCAAAGCAAAGCUAGGAAUGCCACAAUUUUUAAGUCCAGAAGCACAAAGUUUAUUGAGGCAGCUAUUUAAAAGAAAUCCAGCCAACCGGUUAGGGGCAGGUACACAGGGCGUUGAAGAUAUAAAAAAUCAUCAAUUCUUUGCUAGCAUAAACUGGCCAAAACUUUUGAAAAGGGAACAAGCACCACCAUUCAAACCAGCAGUAACAAGAGCAGACGACGCAUUCUAUUUUGACCAAGAGUUUACCUCCAGAACACCGAAGGAUUCACCUGGAGUCCCGCCUAGUGCCAGCGCUCACCAACUGUUCAGAGGCUUCAGUUUCGUCGCCCCGGAUCUUAUCGAGUCAAUGGAAGGUGGAAAAAUAACUUCAGCAACAAGAAAUAAUAUAGAACAAAAAGCCGGGUUAUUACAUGCACGAGUAACGUCAAUACAAGAGGAAUAUGACCUUAAACAGGAGAUUGGUUUGGGCUCCUAUUCCGUUUGUAGAAGGUGUGUCCACAAAGCAACAGGUCAAGAGUAUGCAGUCAAGAUUGUAGAAAAAUGCAAGCGGGACAUCCAAGAAGAGAUAGAAAUUUUACUGCGUUACGGACACCAUCCGAACAUCAUCACACUAAGAGAUGUUUAUGAUGAUGGUAACAAAGUGUACAUGGUCAUGGAACUGAUGAAAGGUGGGGAACUGCUCGACAAAAUCCUACGACAGAAAUUCCUCUCAGAACGGGAAGCAUGUGAAAUAAUGUUAACAGUAACAAAAACUGUUGAUUACCUCCAUCAACAGAGGGUUGUCCACAGAGAUCUGAAACCUAGUAACAUACUUUAUGCUAAUGAAGAUUAUAGUCCAAACAGUAUCAGAAUCGCAGACUUCGGGUUUGCGAAACAGAUGCGGGCCGAGAACGGGCUGCUAAUGACUCCCUGUUACACCGCAAACUUCGUUGCCCCAGAGGUUUUGAAGAGGCAAGGUUAUGAUGCAGCUUGUGAUGUGUGGAGUUUGGGAGUAUUACUUUACACAAUGUUAGGAGGGAGAACACCCUUUGCUCAUGGACCAGAUGAUACACCAGAGAGCAUCCUUGCCCGGAUUGGGGAAGGCCAGUUUAACAUGGACAGAGGAAAUUGGGACUAUGUCUCAGCUAAUGCAAAGGAACUUGUUCAAAUGAUGCUGCACGUUGAUCCGUAUCGGAGGCCAAGCACAGCACAAGUUCUCAAACACAGAUGGUUCCACGAUCGUGAAUCCAUUCCAAGCAAUAAACUCACGGCUCAAGACCCAGCAACGAUCAAAGCUGCCAUGGCAGCGACAUACUCUGCCCUCAACCGAGCACCAAAGAUGGAGCCACUAGAACCCGUAACAGCGUCCAUGCUGGCGCAGCGCCGAAAAAUUAAAAAACUGAGUUCAACAACGCUCUGAGAUUUCCUGAGUAAGACGAAGUUGAUAAAAAUAAAGGUGCCGAAUAAAAAAGUAUUGAUUCUAUUAAGUAUAAUGUCAAUAAUACGCAAGUUUGGGAUGGUAAGAGAAAACGGUGACUGACAUAAAAAGUAAAGGAAAGGUGAAGUUUAGGAUGAGCUGAACUAGGGGCAAAGGCAGCAUAUAAUUGUAGAACUUGAACAUGUGCUUAUUCUGAAUUAGUAAGAUAAUUUGAAUCUUCAGUAAGCUGGUUAUGAUUAUAAUAAUAAUAAUAUCUUAAAAAUUAUUAUUAUAAUAAUUACCCAAAGUCUAUAUUUCAAUCAAAAUUCAUAGAAAGAUGGUUGCUUAUUCAAAAAAACAGUCCUUUUUUUUCUCUAAAGCAAGAUUUUUGUGUUUAAAUAUUCAUAAUUACUUGGUUGGAAGAAUCAUAGCCACCAAGAUGUUGCUCUCCAGGCGAUUAGUGAUAUGAAGAAACUUUUGUCUAUUAAUUUAAACAAAGACAAAGAAAGUAAUGCUUUUAGAUCUUACCUCUCAUCAUUUGCUUUUAAUUACAUAAUCAUUUUUAUGCACAUCAAGAAAUAUAUGAUAAUCGAAUACAUCAAUGUUAUAUACAGGUAUUUCUCUUUAAAAUUUGUUUUUAAAAUGUGAGUAUGAUUUUAGCUUUAAGUAAUGGAUGCAUAUUAGGUGAUAGAAAUGAGGUAAAGUUUUCUCAUUUGUACUGUGUAACAGCCAAAUUAUUGAUAUGAAUGUUCGACCAUAGCAACACGAAGUAGUUACAUGAUAUUAAUACUCCUACAAUUGAAAUAUAUUCAUGUUCCUUAGCUUGCCAAACAUAAAAAGUUCUUAUAACGCUUUAUUUAUUUAUUUAUUUUUUUGUUUUUGUGUGUGUCCUAAAAAAACGAUUUGAAUUCCCUGCUUUAAUGAUUUAAAAUCAUGAAAUCCUUGAAUCCAGAUGUAUUCCAAGUAAUGAAAUGAAUCCUUCAUUAUCAACAUUGUCAUCAUCAAAAUAAAUUAUCUUCACAAAUUUAAAGAGACUGCAACAGUUUUCUGUCCCUUGCAACUCAUUGUCAAGUGUGUUUGCUGCCAACUCAGGGUGAAAUUUACAAAAAGUCUUCCUUUAAGAACUGUUAUAUACCAUCUACGUUAUAGUUGUCCAUGAGUAAAAUGGAACUUAAGAAAAGCCAGGCCAAAUGAUGGUAGUAGAUAAAUCAUUGUUUAAUCGAUGUUUGUUAUUCAGUUAGAUUUUUUUUGUAUAAUUAAAUUAUUGUCUUCGUAAAAUUGCAAAAAAAUAAGAUAUUUUCGACAUAUGUUUGAAAUUUACACUUCAAUAUAGAGAUAUGUUUGUGUAGUGUUAUUAUUACAGGUAUCCACUAAGUUAAAUAUGGACCCAAAUUUGGAGCAUUAUGCAAAUUUAUUUUAUAUGUAGGCAAUGAAUGAAAUGUUCUGUUUUGAAUAAAUACUUUAUUCAAUUUGUUAUGUAUACAUAGAUGACCAUGGUUAUUCUGGAGGUGGACCAACCAAUGUUAAAACUUGACACUUGGUAAACUGUGUAGUUUUUUGCAAUACUAAAGUUCUAAAACCAUACAUUACCUUAAUAGAUAAUUCAAGAUGGAAAUGUCUUAUAUUAAAAUAUCUACUAAGAAUCUACUGUAAAGCUGAUGAGAAAAUACUGAAAAAAUAUACACAUAUGUUCUUUGUAUUCAAAUCAAUGUAAAACACAUGUUUAAGUGUGUGGGGGAGGGGUGUGGAGGGGGGUUGGUAUUUGGAAUCUACAAUCUACCAAAAUGUUAGUUACAUAACCAGUAGUAAUGUUACAACUUCAGUGAAUGUUCUUGCUAGCAACUUUGGUGCAUUCUUCCAACUUAUAAUACAUUAACAAAUUUACACAGUGCAUUCCACUUGGAAGAAUGGUACCAUUAACAUGUUACUAGCCAGGUCCUGUCAUUUAUUAAUAUAUACAGGAGGCUUGUUUGUCAUUUCUUCGGAAUUAAGUCCUAUUUACAAUUAUCAUGGUUUGAGAGAAAAAUAAUGUUUAUAUAUUCUUAAUGGAAAGGUUAAUCUGUAUCUAAUUUAAUAUUAUGAAGUCCAAUAAAAUAUUUUUUGAAUAUUUACUAAUACAUGCAUAUUUUUUGAGUGGGGGUGAAUUAUCUACUGGUAGUAGAGUAACUGCUUAUUUUUGUCUUAAAUUCACUAGCUUUGGAUAUAUUCUAGAUCACAUAGUAUAGUUGAUCACAUUCUUGGGACAGUGUAAAUAAGUUUAUGAUCUAGCUUGUGUGUAUUUUGUACAUGUGUGUGUGUGUGAGGGUGUGUGUGUGUGUGUGUGUGUAUGACUGUAAGAAAUUUUCUUUGCAUUUUUUGUCAAAUUAUUGACUUGAAAUAUUGAAAAAAAAAUAUAUACAAGUACAUUAUUGAAAUUGGAUUUCUUUAGAAUUUAGAUUUUCACAAUUAUAGAAGUGCCAAUUGGUUAAGUCACAAACUGGAAAAUGUUUGAAGAGAAUGGUGGUAGGGAUUUACUUCUUCAGAUUUUAUAAUUCUCCUUUGCAAUUUGUUCAUUCACCAAUGCUUCAUAAUUUUAUAAUGGAUCCCUUCUCUGACCAAAUCUUGUAAUAACCAAAAUUUUAUUGAUUUAUUUUUUAUAUUUUAUGUUGUUCAAAACUUACUGAUUACAUCUGAUUGAAGCCUUUGGUGUUUCUUCAGUCAAAUCUGGAGACUUUCUGAUUUUAUCAAGGACUAUGCAGUGUAACGGUGGUGUUUAAACACUGUAGUGACAAUUUAGCAAAUUUAUGGAAACCAUCUUAUGUCUACGUCAGAUAAAGUCCUGCUGUAAGAACAAAAGUGGAAUCCCUACCACUGAAGGAGACAUUUUGGCAAUUCUCUAUCGUAUAUUUAAACAUGAAUCUGUGUUUUGGCAGGACAGCACAUUUGCACAGUUUUAUUAUUGCGAAAUUUGUUUAGCUUUAAAAAGUUACAUUAAACUCACUGAAUUUCAAUAUUAAUACACUGUUCAACACCGAAUAUCACUGCUGUAUUUCAUGAAAGACAAUUGAUAUUAAAAUCAAUGGUAAACUUACAUUUAUUCCAUGAUUGAAUCAUGAGCUAUAUGUGGUCGAGUUUUGCGUACGUAUGUUUUUGUACACUCUAUAAAGAGUGUUUGUAUCAUGUAUAUGUUAAUACUAUCGAUAAGCCUUCAAAUUCUAUUUUGUCACAGUUUGUAUACAAUUUCUCUAAGAAAGAGAACUUUUUGAAAAAAAAAAAUUAAGAAAAUAUGUCUUUAGCUGUUAGUUAUUAAGCAAAUGCCACUACUGAUAUGUAUAUAGUGCCCGACAGGCAAGGGUAGACACUUAAUAGAGAGAACGUUUAAAGAAGAGAAUUAAACACUAGGCCUGAAUAUCAUGUUUGCGAUUUUUUCUUUAUAGUAAUUAUGCCUAAAUUUAUAUAAAGAUGCUAAAUAAUGUUGAAGAAUUUGUUUAAAAUUCUGCGUGUACUUGGUCAUAACUAUUAGUUUUCCAUUGUGUCGAGAAAGUAAAGUCAACAGGGCGUAUCCAGGCAUUUAAUAAGUGGGUGCAGAGCUAGGCAUUGCGUUUUGCAAAACUAAUCAUUUUGUUGCAUUUUUAAUCAUUUUUAGAUAGUAAUCUGAUUGCUUCACUGUACAUCCUACCUCCCCUCACCCAUACAACCUACCUCCCCUCACACCUACAACCUACCUCUCUUCACUUAUAUAACCUACCUCCCCCUUCACCCACCGCCGCUUUACCCCAUCGUAUUUUCCAGUCUCUUGCUGGUUGCUUAAGUCCACUGCAUGACCACUUACAUCACAGUAUAAAUAGCGUAUCCAUGACUAGCCUCUGUCCUUACUUCAUUAUCCCAUUGUCUCUUUUGAUCAUUAAAUAUAUACUGUACUGAAAAAAUAAGUUCAAAAUUUAAAUUUAUUACUUUGCAUAUUAAAUCAAAUCACAGUAUUAAAAAAUAUUUCUUAGUAAAAUAACGCACAUAUAUAAAUAAUAUGUUCCUCUAUUCCUUUGCAGUUACCCAUAAAUUUGUAGUAAAACGUCUUUAAAAUCAGUAAAAACCGAAUUGCUAUAAUCUGUAUUUCAUUUAAAGGUAUUUAAUACAUUUAUAUGAUCAAUUCUAUGCUCUAUUUCACAGCAGAUGAAUCAUUAAACCAUACUUGAAAAUGAACACACAACCAAAAAUUAUACUGUAAUAAUCUGGUACAGUAAUAGGUUCUAUAAGAAAGGUUGAUGGGAAACUUCCAUUUUUCUGACUGAAAAAAUAGAUUUUAAAUUUUACUGAGCUGUAAGUACACCCUCCCCAUACUGUUCCCUAUGUUUUGAAAAUCCUUGCUCCUGCAUUUGCUCAAAUCCUGGAUACGCGCCUGAUUGUAUGAAUAGUAAUUAAGCAGUGUAACAUAUUAUUGGCUCAACCUCAGGGCAUUGUCUAAGAGCGGCUUAAUAUUUUUAUUUUACAAACAGUAAUAAAUAGCAAAAAUAUUCUUUCAUUGAAACGAAACAUAGCUGAUGGAAACAAGUAAAUAAGCCUGAUACAGGCAUACUUCAUUUGCAUGGUUUUAUUGUCACCUUAUCUGAACUAUAAUUACACUUUCCAGCAUGAUUGAAAUUCUGUUGUGUAGACAUAUUCAUAUUGGAACUUAUUAAACGAUCCACGAAAGCGUCCAGGUCGUCAGGUCUGGACAACAAAUACCAAUAAAGCCAUUUGAUACGUACA